AAAGGACUUCACGUGAAGUGUUUUUAAAAAAGAAAGAAGUUUUUGAUAUUUACAAAAAAAAAAAAGGAAAAAAAAAAAUCAACGACUCAUCGAAGAUCGAAUUUUGACGUUACGUGCUUACUAGCUUGAUUGCCGGUGUUGCACGAGACAUUACUUUUUCUUCUUUUUCUUCUUUUCUAUCAUGGAAAUAUUACCAGGACGAAUUCUUUACUACAUUUUACUGCUUUUGGCUAUAACGCGUAGCAGUUAUUCGGUGAGAUGUAACCGAAUAAUAGAUGGUACCACGAGGCCACGUUCCAAUGCCGAAGAAAAAUAUUACUUCUUCAUGACGCUUUACAAUCGAACCGAUAUCGUAUAUGCAUAUAUGCCGGAUACCAAAUACACAGUUACGAUAAUGUCGAAGAGUCCAGGACUGACACCUCGAAAAUUCACGAGAUUUCUAAUAUCUGCCGAAACUGAAAGCGAUAGCGAGAUUGUGGAUAUUGGUGUUUUCGACAUCAUGGACGAAUCGAUCAGCAAAUUUGCCGAUCAAUGUGCCAAUGCUGUCGUCGAAAUAUCAGAAGUUCCAAAGGAGCGAGUCUCCGUUGCGUGGACCAGCCCUUCCGAAGGUAGCGGUUGCAUACUCAUCAGAGCAACUAUUCUAGAAACACCGGACACAUGGUACAUGGACGAUUCGAAUUUGGUUCUGAACAUAUGUCAAGAUAUAAAGGCGGAAGCUGACGAUCAGGGUCUAGUACUACCCGAAUGUUGUGCUUGUGACGAGGCCAAGUACGAAGUUACUUUCGAAGGGCUCUGGUCUAGAAAUACACAUCCAAAGGAUUUUCCAAGCAAAGGCUGGCUCAUUCGAUUUUCCGACGUAAUCGGUGCAUCACACACGGUCGACUAUCGAUUCUGGAUAUACGAUGGAAUGGCCAGUAUCGGUUUGAAACAAGUAGCUGAGCUUGGAUCAACGAGAAGAUUGGAAUCCGAAUUAAAGGAUCAAAGUGAACACAUCAGGACAAUUAUAAAAGCUCGAGGAAUCAGUUAUCCUAAUGUAACAGGUCGAACUUUUGCGGUAUUUCGUGUAGAUCGCAAACAUCAUUUGAUGUCUCUGGUUUCCAUGAUCGAUCCAUCACCCGAUUGGAUAGUUGGUGUAUCCGGAUUGGAAUUAUGUUUGACAAAUUGUUCUUGGAUCGAGCAUAAAGAAUUAAAUUUGUAUCCGUACGACGCAGGCACCGACGAUGGGAUAACAUAUCUGUCUCCAAACUCACCGACGGAGCCGCAGGAACCAAUUCGACGUAUUACGUCGAACUAUCCAAAUGAUUCGAGGUCUCCGUUUUACGAUCCAUCUGGUCUAGACAUGAAACCACUCGCUAAGCUUUAUUUAAAUCGCCAAAGAUUGUACGAGAAAACUUGCAAUGAUCUUCCAACAGAGAUCACCGAUACAGGUGCAACGAUCAAACCUCCAAAAACUCAUAAAAAUAAGGCCUGCAGGGUAACUUCUUGGGGUGACUGGAGCGAAUGUACAGUGACAUGCGGGAAAGGUAGUAAACUGAGACAACGACAUUAUCGCAACGAGACUGCUGCUAUCGCUAACAAAUGUAACACCUCGCUAACGGAUAGGACGACCUGUUAUGGUGAUUUACAAUGCGGAAAUUCUGGACAGAAUGGUGGCAUUUUGGAUACCGAAAUAUGUACUUUAACGAAUUGGAGCGAAUGGAGUUCUUGUUCAGCGACUUGUGGUCUAGCAGUAAAAUCACGUUCACGUAAUUUCAAACACAAACAAUAUCGCAAGCAAUGCAGAAAUAUACCGAAUGGUCCGGAACUCGAACAAACCAUCGAAUGCGAUACCGAACCUUGUUCAGGUGAAGAUGGAGAUGAGGUAAGAAAUCAAUUGGGUGAAGAGAACAACGAGAACCCAGAGGACGACGAAAACAAUUCGUCUUACGAGGGUGAUGAUCCGGAAGUGGAGGUAAUCGAGGAAUGGUCGCAGAAAUGUCCAUCUGAUCGUUACACGGAAUGGUCCAUGUGGUCUCCCUGCAGUUCCAGUUGUGGACCAGGCGUGAAGCUAAGAUCGAGACUUGACAAAAAAACUUGGAGUCACACGGAAGAACAAGAUGAUCCAAGCAUGGGAGAAUGUAGGCAAGAAGAAAUUUCCUGUGUAGCUGAGAUAGAAUCUUGUGAUUUUUCUAAGGAAGAAGCAGCAAAAAUAUGCAGCGAACCAAAGAUGGAAGGAAAAUGUCGCGGAAAUGUUCUACGAGUUUAUUUCAAUAAACACGAUCGCCAAUGUCAUCAUUUUAAAUACACAGGAUGUGAAGGAAAUCGUAAUAACUUUCCAACUAAGGAAGAUUGUUAUACCGUUUGUGGAAAUUAUCAAAGAGAAUUAAAGGCCAAUUUGUCGGCUCUUAUGAAAAAUUUUAAAGUAUCCCUCAGCAGUGUGCUCAGUUAUCAUAUACCCAUACAAGAACAACAUAGGAGAAAGGCAAAACGAGCACAGUUUGAUGACACGUCGGAAUCGCUACAGUUCAGAGGUCUUCAGGCUGGAAGUCAAGUAACAGAAUUAUCAGAAAUAAACGAUCAACGAAUAGAUUGCAAUGUGUCCGAAUGGAGCAUAUGGUCAUCUUGCGAGGGUUGUCGUGGUUUUACUAUUAGCAGACGAAAUAUUAUUACGCCAGCUAAAAACGGAGGUAAAAAUUGUCCGCGAAAAUUGCUUCGGAAAAGAAAAUGCCGUAAAAUACCACCGUGUUCAGGACAAGAUAACAGAACAGGAACCGAAAGUAAGUACAAUUUUCGGUAGACUGUAAAAUGACACCGUGGUCAGGAUGGACACGUUGCAAGGGAACUUGCGAAAGUGCAUCGCAACAAAGGAUAAGAAAUAUUAAAAUUCAACCUCAUGGUCCAAAUGGUAGACAUUGUUCUACACUUGUAGAAUUUAGAAACUGUACGACAUUAGAAUGUCCGUAAUAAAUCUUUUCACUAAGUUA